UUUUGCCGUGAGUUUAGUUUGUUUUGCCGUGAGUUUAGUUUGUUUUGCCGUGAGUUUUUGUUUUGCCGUGAGACUUGUGGGCCACCGUAGUCUUCGCUAUGGCUAGAAAAAGAGAAAGGUCAAAUAAAUCACAGCACAUGAUGGGCAGCAAGCGCAGACAAGUACCGAUCAAUGACAUCAUAUUUCUGGGAAUCCCCGGUUUUUGUUGCUUUCCUGUCCGAAUUGAAAAAUACUUAGGCUUCUCAAAGAUGAAAUCACUUUUGUUGGCUGUUUUAUUAAUUUUAGGUGCUAAUUGCAUCUCAAAACUAGCAGGAUACGACUCAUCUGAGAAAUCAGAAGCACCAGCAAUCAGAAAAUAUAAUUGUGAUGCAGUACAAGAUAAAAAGCCUUGGUGUGCUUGUCGCUCGUCGCUCUCGUCCACCAUCAUAGAUCUGUCUUCCCUGGGAACAGGGGAUAAAAACUUGAAUGCAUCGAUUCAUCCACCCAAGUUCAGGUCUAUAAAUGGGGUUCAAGGAUGGUUCAUUGCCUGGUCACCAUGUGAGGACUUUGAUCUCUUCACAAAUAUGACUCUAAAUCCUGAUGAAAAGGCUUGCAAGGGCGUAGGGUUUGCUCGUUACUACACAGCUGGCAAGAUUUGUAAAGGGUAUGAAUCCCAUGAAAACUCUGCCAAAUUUUACAGUUAUGGCCAUGAUGUGAAGACUGGUAAAGAGAAAUUUUACAUUGAAUUUCAUUUUACCACUAAAGUUGAAGUAAGAACCGCUAGAAUCUGGCUGAUGUGCACUCAAGAUAGUGACAAAAAUAUUUUAGAAUAUAAUGGUGACCGUGCAGGAACAGAGGUUGCACAUUUUUACUCCAAAUGCUGCUGCCCAAAUAAUUUGUGUGGUAAAAGCCGAAAUGAUCCACCCAAAAGAUACAAACUUGGUACAGGAGCGAUAGCAGGUAUAUCAGUUGCUGUUGUUGCAGUCAUAGCGAUUAUAGCGAUAGUAAUGUACAAAAGAAAACRACAUCCUUUUCCAAUUCCUGUAGAAAUAGUUGCCCAGGAGCAGGACGAAAGACAUCCCCUAGUAGGUUGAAGAAAGGCUUGCCUGUGUGUAGCCCAACUAACUAACUGUUAAGUCCUAUACGAGAGAAAAGUCCAGCUGUACACAGGGUAAAGAAAGACUAGCCUGUGUGCAGCCGAACUAACUAACUGUUAAGUCCUAUACAAGAGAAAAGUCGGGCUGUACGCAGGCUAAAGAAAGGUAGGGUUACAAGUAUCUUGAUGAUUAUGCAACAUAAAUUACUCCAACAAGGUUUUACAAAUAUCUGAGCAUAAAUUGAUCAGUACAAUAAUAUCCUGAUAAUAUGGUAGCAAGGGGUGAAUCUAGGACACUCUACAGGGAAUUCAGUAUUGUAAUUUAUAAAAUUGUGGCAAUCAUUUUUACCUGUAUAGAACGAGACGCUUACAACACAAGGUGACUUGCAAUGUAACAAGUAAUCAAAAAUGACACCACUUAGUCAUAGUUUGAGGGAAUUGUAUAAUUUAACAUCAUAAAUAAUAGACACAAGUUUUUAAAUCAAAGGCUAAAGGGGCUUUUCUGAAAAACUUUUAAGGAUGGGUAUACAUAACAAUAUUUUUUAAAAUUAUAAUUGCUAACCAGAAAUCCAUUAGACAAACUAAUGAGGUUUGGCGACGAAAUCUAUUGUUAAAAUGAAUGGAACAUUGACAUCACAAUGGCAAUGUUUACAAACAUUAYGUCCACCAAAACUUGUAAAUUAUUGUAAAUUAUUGUAACUUUGUACUAAAUUGGUUAUGCAAAAAAAAAAAAAAAAAUUAGAAAUAGGAAUUUUUUAUGAAUGCAAGUCCUUUUAUAAUAUGCAAUGACAUUUUAAACAAAAUGUGAAGAAUGUAAACACUAUAACAAUGAAACAGUACAAGUCUAUGUGAUUAGUAGCACUAUUAAGUACUAAAUAGCACUAGUUGCUGUGACGUAAGCUAUUGUCAUUACUGUGCCAACCAGAGAUCGAUUGGCAAUAGACAUAGCCCUAUUUUAUGUACUAUUAAGUGCAAAAUAAUCUUAGUACUGGCUCACGAAAUAAGUAUUUGCACUUUAAACUAACUUUCUUCCUUUUAUAUAUACUGUAGUUUUUUACUAGUUUUAAUGUCAUAGCUGCAUAAAUAAAUAUGCAGGAUAAGGGGAAUAAAAGAUUUCAUCAAACUGAUAAGACAAACUGCAAUUCUUGUUUACUCACACUAUUUUGGUGUAGCAAAAAACUAUCAUUGAUCAUUGUGUAGUAUUGUUUUACUAUUGUUCCACACUCUAGUAAAGGCAGGAGAGAACCUCCCAAGGAAGGUGGUGUGUCUAGUAUCUAUAGACCCCUAGCAGUGACAUCAUAAGUAAAUGUCAAUUUGGAGGACAAGUGUGACCAGCGCAGGACGUCCUAAAAUUUUAGUCAAAAAUAUUGUCAAAUAAGCGUACUGUAACUAAAAUUAUGUCUAAUCAAACUAUUCCAAGGUAUCUUAGUAUUAAAACAACCAAUGUUUGGACUUCCCAGA